GUCGUUCAGAUCUCCGAGGGAAAGGGGCUGAGUGCAGCUCACCCAGGGGUCUGUGGAGACCCGAGGUGGGUGGAAGUGGGGAAAGCGAAAGUUGCGGUCUGUAGUUGCCAUGGAGCCGGGCCCUGCCGUGUCCCCCGGGCCUUUCCGCUCCUUCAAGGAGGAACUGCUGUGCGCGGUCUGCUACGACCCGUUCCGCGAUGCUGUGACUCUGCGAUGCGGCCACAACUUCUGCCGCGAGUGCGUGACCAGCUGCUGGGAGGCUCAGGUGUCGCCUUCCUGCCCCGUAUGCAAGGACCGCGCGGCCUCCGCCGACCUGCGCACCAACCACACCCUCAACAACCUGGUGGAAAAGCUGCUGCGCGAAGAGGCCGAAGGCCCGCGCUGGAAGGGCCACCGCUUCCCACGCCUCUGCCGCCUACACCGCGGCCAGUUCAACCUAUUCUGCAUCGAUGACAAGGAGCUACUGUGCUGCUCGUGCCAGGCCGACCCCCGGCACCAGGGACACCGCGUGCAGACAGUGAAGGACACUGCCCAAGAUUUUCGGGCCAAGUGCAGGAACAUGGAGCACUCGCUUCGGGAGAAAGCCAAGGCUUCCUUGGUCAUACAGCACUCCUACCAGGCCAUUGCCAAGCACAAUCAGGAGAAGUCUGCCUGGCUAGAAAAGCGGAUCCGGCAGGAGUUCGAUAAGCUUCGAGAGUUCUUAAGAGUGGAGGAGCAGGCCAUCCUGGAUGCCGUCGCCGAGGAGACCAGGCAGAAGCAGCUUCUGGCAGAGGAGAAGAUGAAGCAGCUCAGGGAAAACACAAAGACUCUGAUGCACGAGACCGAGCGGCUGCAGAUGGAAAUGAAGGAAGAUGAUGUUUCUUUUCUCAUGAAACACAAGAGCCGAAAACGCCGCCUCUUCUGCACCAUGGAGCCAGAACCCAUACAGCCCGGCAUGCUCAUCGACAUCUGCAAGUACCUGGACUCCCUACAGUACCGCGUCUGGAGGAAGAUGGUUAUGUCUGUUGAAUCUGUGCCCUUCAGCUUUGAUCCCAACACCGCGGCCGGCUGGCUGUCCGUGUCCGAUGACCUCACCAGUGUCACCAACCACGGCUACCGAGUGCAGGUGGAGAACCCGGAGCGCUUCUCCUCAGCACCCUGCCUGCUGGGUUCACGCACCUUCUCCCAGGGCUCCCACGCCUGGGAGGUGGACCUGGGGACGCUGCCCAGCUGGCGGGUGGGCGUGGCGCGCAUGCGCCAGGAUACCGGCACCGGGGGCCACUCCCACAGCUGCUACCAGGACACUCGCUCCGGCUUCUGGUACUUGUGCCGCACGCAGGGGGUGGAGGGUGACCACUGCGUGACCUCAGACCCGACCACGUCACCGCUGGUCCCCUCCAUCCCGCGUCGCCUGCGUGUGGAGCUGGAGUGUGAGGAGGGCGAGCUGUCCUUCUACGAUGCUGAGCGCCACAACCACCUCUACACCUUCCAUGCCCGCUUUGGGGAGGUGCGGCCCUACUUCUACCUGGGGGGCACACGGGGGGACGGGCCCCCCAAACCUAUGCGCAUCUGCCCCCUGCGCAUCACCGUCAAGGAGGAGCUGGAUGGCUGAGCCCGCCAGAGGCUGCCCAGGUGUAUGCCGCGGUCCUGCUUUCUUUCGGCCCCUCUUCCUACAGCCCCUCGCUUGGGCACCGUUACCUCCUGCUUUCUUGCCGGGAUCUUGCUCCUGCCUCGGAUCCCUCUCCAUGGCUCCGGGCCCCACGUCUCCCUCCUCAUUCUUGGUCUUUAUCCUCCACGGCUUGCUGGCCAGGCUCUCCCCAGAGUCGUGGCGAGAUGUGAAUUUUCUGAACCUUGACAUCCCUAUUUCUGGGGUGAUGUUUGCCUCUAGAGUAGACCUGUUUUAAAAUUUUUAAAUGUAGGUUUUAUUAUUAUUCAGCUGUGGUGAGGCCAACAGACCAGGAGAACACUGCUGUUGAAAAGAGUGUGUUACUUAGAGUUCCCAAGAGGGGCCCUGCGAUUUGGGGAUGGGAGUGGGGGGCACACACAGGGAAGCACCAGGUCUCCUGGGAGGCAGAGCGGGUGAGGGGAGAGCACAGGCGGGGGACUGCUGUGGUUUUCAGAGGAAGGAGCAGGUGAGGCACGUACAGGGUGGACAGGUAUAGGACCGGAUAGUUCAGCCAGCACCGGGAGGGGCAGCCCCGUGACCGGUGAGCUCCGCGUUUCAGUAUCGAGAAUACAGAAAACGGGAGUACAGUUAGCGCAGGGCCGCGGCUGUGGCUGAGGGGCAGGACCAGGGCCUGGCUUAUCUGUCGCUUUUUACCAGUAUUUUAAAGCUGCCUCACAGAGCUUCCCUGGGGUCGCUCAAGGCAAGGCUGCCCAUCAGAUCAACUCUGAUUUAUCUCUCGACACUUUUUGGGUGAUUUCCUCUGAACAGAGGGUUUCAGAGUGCUUAAAAAACACAAUUUUAAAACCAUGGUUUAGACUGGUUUCCUGUCUGGUCCUCAGUUUCUUCAUCUGUAAGUGACACAGCAGGACUGGAAGGCGAUGCGCUUCUGUAGCUGCUCUGGAGGAAACCCCCCCAUCCCCCCCCCUCCACCCCCGGGCUCUGUCACACAGGCCUGGGAAGGGAGGGAAGAGGGUAUUGUUGGGGGCGGGGCAUGAGAAGCGAGGGAGGUGGGUCUUAGCCAGCCUCCGGCUGCUUAUGCGUGCUCUGCUGCCUUUUGCGUUUUUAUCCCAAUUUCUUCUCCCUCGGCCAUGCCCGCCAGAGUUGGACCUCUACCUUUUUACCUCACGCACACCUCCAGGUGGUUUUUAAUGCUCGAAUCCCCGUGUCCUGGGGACGGCGUUGUAAAAGGAGAUAUUUUUCUAUAGUAGCAACAUUCUCGUUGGGGGAGGCACGAUCCUGACCAAGGAUUCAAGUCCUUUCUCCUGCCUGUACCCCCGGUUCACAGAAACGAACAUUUUAAACAAAUGAUUUUUUAAAAACUGUAAAUUGGUUAUAAACAUGGUGCAUACUUUGGUAGGGGCCCCGGAGGGACUUGGUAGGACAUGCCACUGAGUGGAGGCAACCAGGUCGGCAGUGGGAGGAUGUUGGUGAGUGGGCCCCUUGACAGGCACUCAGAACAGCUCAGCACACUUUGAUACCAAACCCGCCCGUGGCCGGUGGGCACGCUCUCAAAUCAAGUACUUAUCUAGCCCUUCUAAUGUAAUUCUUACAUAGUUAUCUUGACCAGAAGUUAUUUUGUUAGUUACAAUGAACUUCUUAAAGUGUUUUAUAUUUCCACCUUAGAUGUUGGAAGAGGUUGUUUUUUUUUUACAGAAUAAUUUGCAUAGCCUAGACCCCUUUUUACAAAAAAAUAAAAAUAUUUGGGAUAAAACCCACCUUUUUUUUUUACAUUUCCCUUUUAGUGUUCUCGUAAGCAAAAGUUCAUGUUGUAGCAUGUAUUCAGCUUUAUUCCUUUUUAUUACUGGGUAAUAUUCUGUUGUGUGCAUAGACUAGUUUGUAUUUAUCCAUUCGGUUGGUGGGCAUGUGGAUUGUUCCCACUUUUUUGGCCAUUAUGAAAACGCUGCUCUGAACUUAGGUGUGGACAUGUUUUCCAUUCUCUUGGGCAUAUACCUAGGAAUAGAUUGGCUGGAUUGUGUGGUGACUGUUUAACUGUUGGAGGGACUGCCGGUCUGUUUUCCAACGUGGCCGCCCCACUUUAUAUUCUUACCAGCCUUGUAUGAGGAUUUCACUGCGCCAGUAUCCUUGUUAACACUUGUUAUUGCAUGUCUUUCAACUUAGCCGUGCUGGUGGGGGAGGGGACUGUAAUCUCAUUGUGGUUUCAAUUUGCAUUUCCCUGAUGCCUAAUGAUACUCGGCAUCUUUUCAUGGGCCUGUUUGCCACUUGCAUGCCUUUUCAGGAGAAAUGACUCCAGAUCCUUUACCCAUUUUAAUUAGGUUAUUUGUAUUUUUAGUUAUCGAGUUGUACAAGUUCUUUAUACAUUCUAGAUACAAGUCCCGUAUCAGAUACACGAUUUACAAAAAUUU